AUGAAUAAUACAGAGGUAACAGUUUUCAUCCUCCUUCAACUUUGGAAUUCACCAGAUGAGCAAAUUAUCUUUGUCCUAACUUUCAUCCUUAUUUAUAUUAUAACAAUCACUGGAAAUCUCAUCAUUAUUGUAAUUUGCAGUGUCGAGAAGACCCUUUGCACACCUAUGUAUUUCUUUCUCAAUCACCUUGCAGCAUUGGAAAUCUGCUACAUUUCUGUCACAGUUCCAAAAAUGUUGUUCAUGUCAGUUUUGGGGGACAACACCAUCUCUCCUAUAGCUUGUCUUACCCAACUGUAUUUUUUUGGCUCUCUGGGUUCAACAGAAUGCAUCCUUCUUGCAAUAAUGGCUUAUGAUAGGUACUUAGCUAUCUGCAAACCUUUACAUUAUCAUAUACAUAUGACUUCUAGACUUUGCAAUUGUUUGGUUGGGUGCUGUUGGUCAUCUGGAUUCAUAUCUGCCAUGUUCUCCGUCUAUUUCAUUUCCAGGCUACAAUUUUGUGGCCCUAACCAAAUUCAACAUUUUUUCUGUGAUAUCUCCCCUCUUCUGAAGUUGUCGUGUACUGAUGUGCACAACACUGAAACUUUGAUCUUUUUUCUAGCUUCAGUGAUAUUGAUGGGCUCGUGUUUGAUCACAUUGCUUUCAUACUUUAGGAUCCUCUCCACUAUACUUUCAAUUUCUUCAAGAACUAAAACGGGGAAAGCAAGUUCUACAUUUGCUUCACAUCUAACUGUAGUGUCAGUAUAUUAUAGUACCAUGAUAUUUGUCUAUGUCCGUCCAACCACUGCCAAUGCUUCCAGGUUCAACAAGGUUCUCUCUAUAUUGUAUACAGUUCUUACCCCAUUCCUUAAUCCUUUUAUAUACACCCUGAGAAACAAAGAUGCACAGAGGGCAAUUGUAAAAAUUAAGAAUACAGUAAUAAUAUAUUUGCUGAGAUAG